AUAUUUUUUCAGCCCUAAACUGCAUUUUUCUUUUUUAGCCCUUGACAUCAAAAAUUAUAUUGUGUGACAAUAACAUCAAAACUCCUACAUUGGUAUUACGUGUUAAUGGUAUCGUCGAAUUUUUUUAUUAACAUGUGCUAAUAGUAGAUACAUUUUUUUUUGCUACAUUUCAUUAACAAUUUGUAAAUAAUAGAAAAAAUAAUCAUAAUUAUUCUUCCCCAUAAGUAAUGGGAAUAAGAAGAAAUAGAAUACCAUAAACAAGGAAUGAGAAUCAGAUUAACUAGGAAAGAAUAGUUGAUCUAAUUUCCAUUUGUUAGGCUAUUUGAUGAAAGGAAUUUUAAGUGGAACUCACAUAUUAAAUGACUUUUUAUAUGUAAGUAAACCCAUAGAAAAUCAGUAAUGGAAAUCAUUCACUUUAUUCUUACUUCCAUUAGUUAUAAGUAGACGUGACAUAAGAGGGAAUAAUGAUCAUUUUCAAUACGCUUAAUUAUGCAUUAUAAAAUAAUUAUUAUGCAUUUACUUCUUUUAUUAGAGGAUUGAAGAAUGAUUAUUUUGAAGUGACAGUAACAUAACCCUGAAUUAAUUAUUAAUUUCUUUUUAGUUGAAUGCUGGGGUAUAAUUAAUUAUUUAAAACAACAUGAUAUAGCAUCUGUAAUUCACUUUUUUUUAAAAAUAAAUUGGAAGUCAAAGCGCGGAAAUUUGCGAGUCGAACUUCCAUUUUCAACUACCGCUUUAAUUUCCAACUGUUGUGGCGGUAGUCUUCUUCUUCUUAUUCCUCCUCCUCCUUUACAAUCAUCAGUUUCGAAAAUUCUGGUUAGAAGUUUAAGAAAUCUUUGGUCCCUUCUCCAUCAAAAGCCUUUACUUCAUUGUUGGUCUUCUUCUUCUAAUUUGUACCCUGUUAAUUGUUAUGUUCUGCAACCAUGCAUUCUGAAUCACAGAUGAAGCCCCAGUCAAAGAACCAGCAGCAGAGGAGUUGGGCUGAAAUGUGUUGUUUGGAUUGGUCGUGCCUACAGCUCUUCUGGCCCAGAGUCGUCAUGCGCAAAUGGCUCAACAUCUCCGGCAAAGAAUCCGAUUACAGCGCCGACACCGACGCCGAUUCCGACUGUGAUGCCGACUCCGAUACCCAAGAGUUUCCUCAACGGGGAAGAGAAUCAAGGUUUAAAGACAUUAAGGAAGAUGAGUCUGAGAGUGAUGAUGCUAGUGAAGCGCUUCCAAGGGUACGAAGACGAAAGUCAGAGACGUUCAGGGCACAGUAUAUAAACACUAAGGAAUUGAGAGUAUGUGCUACAACAUGGAAUGUCGGAGGAGAAAUUCCACCUGAUGACUUGGAUAUUGAUGGUUGGCUAGAUAUUAAUGAGCCAGCUGACUUUUAUGUGAUUGGCCUUCAGGAGAUUGUACCCUUAAAUGCUGGAAAUAUCUUUGGUGCUGAAGAUAGGCGCCCAAUCACUAAGUGGGAAACAAUUAUUCGUGAAGCACUGGAUAGAGUUCGACCUGCGGCAAGUAAGGUUAAAUCCUUUAGUGAUCCUCCAUCUCCAUCCAAGUAUAAGCCAUCUGGUGAUGUCCCUGAUAUAGAAGAGGAGAUGUUACUCCAAAGUGAUAGUGAUGUUGGUGAAGAAGUGCAUCCAUUGGAUGACGAACCCAAAGAUUUUGGUGACAGCAACGAUACAUCAAUCACUAGUGAAAUAGUGAAUGUUGAUUCUCGAGUUCCAGACUUUAGUGAUAGUAGCAAGCCACGCAUGCCAAUUGGCCAGGAUUUACAAAGGCAAAGUUCUUCUCCAAAGAGAUUAGAUAGGUUAUAUUGCUUGAGGACCGAUGAUUGUUCAUUAGAUGAAGAAACUUCUAGUAUCCAACAAAAUCGAAAGUUAACCAAAAUGCUUAGUGGGUCUGAAAGGAUUGGUUUGAGCUGGCCGGAGCCUCCAUUAAACUUGCUAUCUCAGCACUUGUUAGACAGACGAAAUUCCUUUCGAACAAUGAAGUCUUUCAAGUCCUCUAAGUCUUUCAGAACCCACAAUUCUUUCAAGUCAGCUACGAAUGACGUGACACCAGAAAUAGCUCUGCUUGCAGAGAUUGAUCUUGAGUCUCUAAUGAAACGGAAAAGAAGAUCAUCAUAUGUAAGGAUUGUAAGUAAGCAGAUGGUUGGGAUUUUCCUCACUGUAUGGGUUCGUAGGAGCUUGCGUAAACAUAUUCAGAACGUAAAGGUGUCUACUGUUGGUGUUGGUGUCAUGGGAUAUAUUGGUAACAAGGGAUCUAUAUCUGUCAGCAUGUCAGUGUAUCAGACGUUUUUUUGUUUUGUGUGCACUCACCUGACAGCAGGUGAGAAAGAUGGAGAUGAAAUAAAAAGGAAUGCUGAUGUGCAUGAAAUACAUCGAAGAACUCACUUUCAUUCAUUUUCUGAUAUUGGACUUCCCAGAAGUAUCUAUGAUCAUGAAAAAAUAAUUUGGUUGGGCGAUCUAAAUUAUCGCCUUAACUUGUCAUAUGAAAAAACACGAGAACUUAUCUCCAAAAAGGAGUGGUCCAAGUUGUUUGAGAACGACCAGCUUGCACGACAAUUUAAGAAAGGUCGUCCAUUUGAUGGAUGGUCUGAGGGUGUUCUGAAGUUUCCACCAACAUAUAAAUAUGAGGCUAAUUCAGAGAAGUACUACGGUGAUGAUCCGAAGACUGGGAGGCGGACUCCAGCAUGGUGUGACCGCAUUCUUUCUUAUGGCCGAGGAAUGAGGUUACUGAGCUAUAGAAGGGCUGAACUUAAACUUUCUGAUCAUCGACCAGUAACUGCCACAUAUAUGGCCGAGGUUGAGGUGUUCUCUUCUAGGAAGCUUCAACGGGCCCUCACAUUCACUGAUGCAGAGAUUGAAAAUGAGGAAAUCUCAAUGGAUAUGGGUAUUGAUGUUGGAAUGAACUGCUUAAAAUUGGAACAAGUGAGUACUUUGCUGCUAGGCAUGUGAAGUGAUUUUUAUAUGGAUAUUUCUGAUUGGGAGCGUUGAUGGAGGCUAAUGCACUCCAGGUGGGAGUUCCGACAACUUGUGAAAUUUUUUUCUUCGAAAUUUGCGAGUUACAUUCAUUCUUUGCCAUGAUUAAUUUGUCAACAACGCUCAACAGUGAUGCAUGUUGCAUUUAGAGUGUAAAUGUUAUAGUGGUUCUUGGCCAUUGGUCUCUGGAGCAUGUUAGUUGAGUUCAGUCAUAGAGCAUACAGGUUGUACAGUAAGUUGGAUUUAUACAUGUGUAUCAAUGUGUGUAUUGUAAUUUGUAUGAUCAACCUUCAUGAGAGAAGCUUUCUUAAGCUGUAUAGAAAUAAUACAUCUCAAUACAAAUUUUUAAUGCAAUCUUUUUGGAUGGUGUUCCAUGUUCAGAUCA